AUAUAUAUAGAAAAAAUAUUUUUUUCAUUAAAUGCAACGUAUAAACUAUACAAAAACAUGAGUGUUAAUAAGACAAUAUCCAAAAGUAGAUAUUUAAGUGUUUGUGAAUAAGCGUUUUUCUUUGUUUAUUUCUUUAUACCGUAAAAUAUUACUGAGACUUUGAAACAAAAGAACUAACGAAACCAGUAUUAAAUUAGUUCUAAGUACCAAAACCAAAAUGUUCGAAAACGAAGGCAUCGACGACGAAGACCUGGAUUGUUCCAAUUUGACAAACCGAACAAGUGUUAUCUUUACAAACGCAUACAAUGGAAUUCCUCAGACAUUGAUACUUAACGUCGUGGCAUGGCUUCUGCUUAUUAUACUAUUUACAACCUUACGUCACCAAGCUGGAGAUUUUGGACGUUUGGCGUUGGUCAACAAUCGAGGAAAUAAAAAACGAUGGACUGAAGUAUUCUAUUCACAACGCAGUGAAUCAGUGCAAACACCUUCAAGUGAUUUUCAAGGAUCUCUCACAGUAAACAAUCACCCUAUCGAUCAUGGAUUAUUCACUUGGGUUAAAAUAACAUGGCAGCUUAAGAAAGAACAAAUUUUGUUGCACACUGGACCCGAUGCCGUUCACUAUCUAUCGUUCCAACAACAUCUGAUGGUUGUUAUGGCUAUCGUUACGGCAAUCUCGCUCAUUGUCAUAUUCCCCAUUAACUUUCUGAAUGGCACCGAUCGAAAUGGAACUUAUGCUGUGAAUGCUUUUGGUCAUACGACAAUGUCAAAUCUGCCUCCGGAUUCUGAAUGGCUGUGGGUGCAUGUAAUUGUUGCUAUACUUUUCGUACCACUUGUGGUUUUGAUAAUGCGUCGGUCUUCGGGAAGGAAUGCCUUUAAAAAGGCACCCACUCGCACGAUAAUGAUAACAAACAUAUCAUCAAACGAUCGCAACAAGACGGUCAUUAGAAACUACAUCCAAGAGUUGUUCCCCGAUGUCACCAUUGAGGAUGUCCAAGUUGCUUACAAUAUUUCCAAAUUGUAUGAAAAGAAUACCGAGUAUGAAAAAGUUCUAGAUGCUCGUAUUUACUGCGAGAAUCAUCGUGACCGCGAUUCGAUUAAGGUGAAGCCAGAAUUUUGUUCAUGCAAAUCGGAAAAUGCCUACGAGUAUUAUCAGCAGGAGGAGAGAAAGCUAUCUGGUGAUGUUGCCCGGCUGCGAGCUGCUGCGCUAAAUGAACCACUAGGCAUUGCAUUCCUCACUGUCUCAACUGUCCUUGAAGCACAAAAUAUUGUGAGUCAUUUCACUCCCGGCACAUAUCGUCAAUGGGAUCUUACAUUCGCUCCAUCACCAGUCGAUCUCUAUUGGGAGAACCUUAACGUCAGUUCUAGCCGAUGGUACAUUAAAUGGGCUAUUGUGAAUAUUAUACUCUUCACUGUGCUCUUCUUCUUAACAACUCCAGCUAUUGUUGUGAAUAUGCUUGAUAGUGUUGCACUUGUCAACGGCAAUAAUAUCACUCAACUGAGUCCACUUAUCUCGGAUUUCUUGCCAACAUUGAUGCUUUGGACACUGUCGGCUCUGAUGCCGGUAAUUGUGGCUUUUUCGGACAAAUGGCUCUCUCACUACACUCGAUCCCUGCAGAAUUACUCUAUCAUGACGAAAUGCUUUGGAUAUUUACUCUUUAUGAUUCUGAUUUUACCCUCACUUGGUCUGACUAGUGCUCAGGCUUUGUUAAAAUGGACCGUAAGCAAUGAGACAAGUCGCUGGCAAUGUAUUUUCCUUCCAGAUCGAGGUUCCUUCUAUGUUAAUUAUGUCAUAACUGCGGCUUUUAUUGGUACUGCACUGGAACUGUUACGUUUUCCCGAAUUAAUCGAGUACAUCUGGAUGCUUUGUACGGCUAAGUCCAAAGCUGAAACUCCGCACAUUCGCAAGUCAAUUAUGAUUGAGUUUCCUUUCGGCACACACUACGCUUGGACGGUAGUGGUAUUUACCAUCAGCAUUGUUUACAGUAUUUUUUGUCCGCUCAUCAUGCCAUUUGCCAUGGUCUACAUAUGCUUCAAGCAUUUUGGUGAUCGGUAUAAUCUUUUCUUCGCCUACGGUCCCAGCAACAUGAUAAGUCGCAAUGGCGGCAAAAUACAUUCCACAGCUGUAACUAUGACAAAGUUCUCUGUAAUAUUCUUGUUGGUGAUAAUGGCUAUGUUAUCGGUUAUUCGCGGUCAAGGAAUGGCCCGAGGAAUAGUUCUUACAUUCGCACUUUGCGUCACUAUAGUUCUCUUUACUUUUAUGUCACCUAUUAAGCGAUGUACCGCAGCUAAACGGCCGAGUAUUGUUGAGAUGACUGGACCAGCUCCUUUGUACAUUGCGGAUGUAUUAAAACCUCAAUCUGUUCCGCCGCAUUCAGGUGCGCCUUUCGCUGGUGCUAUGCCAGACUAUGGAUCGGAUAGUGUUUCUGAUUUUGACAUCAGUUCACAGGGUAGCGUCGAGGCCUAAGAAUGUUCUUUUUAAUUUUUGUCUUAACUUUAGUCACACUAACAGCGUAACAAACUUGUAUCUCGUGCUAUUAUUGGAUAAGAUUUUAAUUUCUUAAAAACGAAAAAAAGAAUACAUAUGAUUGAAAUAUUUUUUGCAGCUCUUAUUGUUUAGAAAUUAAAACUGAAAUUUAAUUCAAUUGAA